UAAUGUGUAUGUACUGCCUGGCCAAGUGGCUGCUGCAAGCAUAUCUUGCGCAGAGCUUCUCUGCGUCUGUUGCCCUACCCUUAGGAGGUCAACAGGUUGGUUUUGUUUCUUUUGCAAACCUGUCAGCCCACUUACUCUCACUGAGCUGCUGUGUACAUGCCAGCUCAGCCCCAAACAAUUCUGCUACUUACCACAUUUCUAGCACAGGGCUGAUCUGUGCAUUUUCCAUUGUACAAAGAAGAAUAGUACUGACAUCCUGGUGCUGAGGGGGCUGCCAGCUCCUCUGGUUAUUAGGGCACCAGUGAGUGCUUCCCGGCUCCCGAGGCAGAGAUCACCAAAGCACUUGGAGGGCCUUGGCAACAAGAGCUGGGCGAGGAGACAGGAAGGUGUAAAUAAGGAUGAGUUUGGCCUGAGGCCAUAGAUGAAGACUACGCAGGAGUCUGUCUCGAAGGAGGUGAAGAUUUAACAAGCAUUCCGAGCCAAAAUCAUCACCACCGAGCCCAACGCACCAUGCUGGGCUGGAAGUUGCGCAGGCAACUCAGUAUUAACCAAGUGCCUAAAGUGUUUCGAGAGCAGGGCAUCCUGUUUGGGUAUCGCCAUCCAAGAAGCUCUGCAGCAGACUGUCUCCUCAGUGUCUUCCAGAUGACAAAUGAAACACUAAAUAUAUGGACACAUUUUUUGCCUGCCUGGUACUUCCUAUGGAAGUUGUUUGCCUUGGCCUAUUCACUGGAUAUCUGGAAUGACAUGUAUGCCUGGCCCUUUCUUGCCUACAUGCUCACGUGCUGUAUUUAUCCGUUCACAUCCAGCUGUGCCCACACGUUCAGUGCGAUGUCCACCCAGGCGAGACAUAUUUGUUAUUUCUUUGAUUAUGGUGCCCUUAGUAUGUACAGCUUAGGUUCUGCGAUUGCUUACUCAACCUAUGUUUUCCCAGAAGAAUGGAUCAAUAGCACUUUCCAUCACUAUUAUGUACCCAUUGCUGUGCUUAAUACUGUCAUUAGCACUGGUCUUUCCUGCUACUCCAGGCUUGGUGCGCCAUACCUCCAUUAUAACCGUGAUAUCAUAGAAAGGUUCCCUGAGAUACAGCAGCCCACGCUCAGCAAAACUCUUCGCACGCUGGCUUUUGCAUAUCCGUACCUGUUCGACAGCACCCCUCUCUUCUACAGGCUAUAUCUGUGUACUGGGGAGAGCUGCAUGGAAAGCGUAAUCCCAGUCCACUACAGGCACAGUGUGUUUGCCUUCCUCACUUGUUUCAUUUUUGCUGCGCAUCUGCCUGAGAGACUUGCACCAGGAUGCUUUGACUAUAUUGGGCACAGCCACCAGCUUUUCCAUAUAUGUGGGAUCAUUGGCACACACUUCCAAAUGGAGGCCAUCUUUAUAGACAUGAACGCUCGCCGUGACUGGCUCUUAGCUUCCUCACCACUUCUCUCUCGUUCUCAAAUAGUUGGUUCAGUUGGCAUCUCCAUUAUCAUUAGUCUAACUAUCAUUGGGGUUUUCUCACUGGCUCUCUAUUCAACACCAGUGUCCUCUAGGAAAGAAUAACUACAUAGACAUUAAACUUUAAGUAGAGAUUGAUUUUUAGUUACAUUGCUGCAAAUGAGAAAUACCAAGUAACAUUAGCACUGGAUCAGUGAAGGUGAUGAGAUUUUUUAAUGAAUGUUUUUCUUGGGAAAGACACUCACUCGAGGGGUUUUCAAGAGUGAACCAUUUUAUAUUGCACUGCUUUUUGUAAAUAUGACUUUAAAGUUGGAGACCAGAUUGUGAAAUGGUUUUAAAUCGGGACAAGUUGAUAUUUUAGCAUGAAAUUAUUUAGAAAAAAAUUAAAACACUGUAAAAGGGAGAAGUGUCAUAUUUUGCAAGCCAGUAUUUGAAGGGCAGAUUUAAUCCAAAUGAUAAAACUCACUGUGAUACCAUCUUCUAAGUCUAACGGCCAUUUAUCUGUGUUGAUUUCACUUGACUGCUUUAGGGAGGAACCAGGAAACUUGAUUAUUUUUAUUAUAACAUGAUGGUACAUUGUGCUUAUGUCAGUUCAUAGGCAUAAGUGUCUAUAUUUUAUAUAUUUAAUAAGUAGGGUAACAUCUUGAGCCUACUGAAGUAAAUGGCCCUUUUUUGCAACAGACUUCAAUAAGAGCAAGGAUUUCACCGUAGAAUCCUAGUUGAAAUGUCCCUAGGAUUGGGCCUUUCAGUUCUUCUCUAUGGAGAUUAUUCCAGUCUGAGUUCACUGUUAGUAUGUUUUUCUGAUAUUCAGUCUAAAUUUCCUUGGCCUGAUUCUGCACUUGUUUAGGGCCUGAUCAGUCAGUGGGUGUUUUCCAUUGAGUACAAUGAGGUGUAAUUCAGGCCCUGACAUCAGUCUUAUAUUGGGGUAGUUCCACUGACUUCCAUGUUACUCCUGGAGAGGAGAAUCAAGCCUCCACUGCUCCUAAUUAAACCUCCCCCAAGUAUGCACCUGCUGUAGCAGAUACCUCAUUGAAAAACUAUCACUGAGAAGCCAUCAAAAUUGCAAUCUGGGGUCAUAAAUUUUGGCUUGGAAGCAGGUGGCAUCCUGCGAUAGGACCGACUUGCACUAAGCUGGUGACCAGAGAGGUACUAGGCCAGGUUGUAAUGUCCGUUAGAGUAUUUUCACAACUGUUUUUUAUACAUAGGAGUGGUACUCUUAUGUCUCAGGCUUUGAGGUUAUCUGACUUGAUUGCAUAUUGGAUUAUCUAAUACCUUGGAAUAUUUUUAUUAGGUACAUAAACAUGUAAUGCAGAAAAUUACAAUGAGAUUAUCCUGAUAAUUGUGUUGGUUUAUUAUAUGUUUUGUAAAUAGUAGCCUUCAUCGAGGUGUAAUAGAUGCACUUUGGGUUGACAGUACAACAAAAUCUUUAAAUAUAUUCUGGGAAAAACACAACUUGGAAAUGAUCUUACUUUCUUCUGAGAGCUGAUCAAGAUUUCUAUUAACAUUUAUUAGCACUGGAACAUAACGAUCUUAUCCAACAUUUUAUUUAAUUAAAAAAAUCAUAACCAUGACAAGAAAAGUGCUAAUAUGUGCUGUUGAUCUGUUUAUCUACCUUGUCUUUUAGUAUAAGUGGGAAAGAGUCUGGUUUUGUUUGCAAGAAAUGAUUUAACAUUCAACAGCAUUAAUUAAUUAAUUAACUAACCGGUACAACUUCUUUCUCAGUUGGUAGUCUAACUUUUCAGAUUCAAGAAGUCCUAUUUUCUGUGACUACUACACACCCACAAUUAGGUAAAUUCAAAGAUGCAGCGGUUCAUAGGAGAACUACCUGUAAAACAACAGGUUUCUGUUUGACAUGGUAGCUGCUCCUUCAUCCUUUUAGACCCUACAGUAGUGUCACAUGGGGAUCUGGUCUGACACUUACUCAACUAAUUUGCUCUAUUAAAAUGUGUGUCAUUCCAACAUUUUCUGAUCUUGGAACAGCAUAUGGAAAGAGAAGCCAGAUUCAUUAUAAUGUGAGAUACACAUUCAAAACUAUACAAUAAAUUAAGCUAUACAGAUGUAAAGAAAUAAAGUCUAUUUAUGAA